AUGUUUAAAACACCACAUAACAUAGAAGAGAUUACUAUUUGUCCAAACCAUCGUUCUGUGCUUGGUGUUGGGUGGAGUCGGGGCUCCAAUACGAGAUGUAGAAUACCAAAAGAGGUAUCUGGACACAAAGGAAAGCUGCCCAAGACAGACAGAGGUGUUGGUAAACGCAUAUCUGAAAUACCCCACACACACACACACACACACACACACACACGACAGAUGAGUUCACUUCAUACGUUUUCUCUCUGGACAGGUUCACAUUUCCCAGAAUUCCUCAGUACCUGAUCACUGUAAGAAAGUAUGCUCUGAGCUGUCCCGGCAACAAAGACUACAUUUCCCAAUGCGAUCAUGACCAUAAAGUCCCAGUGUGACCGUUGUAAUAUAUUUCCCAAUGUGGUGGAGGUAAAGGUCAAUUUUGUAAAUAUUAUUAGGUAAUUUGAGUUUUAGUAUUUGUCAAGGUUGGACAAUUUAUCUGUAAUUAUGAAUCCAACCUUAAGAUAUUAAUGAAAAUGAUGGUGGUGGUCAUGGUGAUCAGGUGAUCACGAUAAUCAUGAUGGUAAUAACAUGUUCUUGAAUGUUUAUAUGAAUAGGUGAGUUCAGUGUUAGAAAACCUUGAGGAUGGAGCUAAAAAAGACCAAAUAAAGUAUCAAUUCGAGCAAUCAAAGAACAAAAUCGGUGCAUGGAAAGCUCAUAUUCUCCGCUGCAUUAAUCAAGACCAAGCAAGGUUAGAUAUCUUAAAAAAUCUUGGUCCACUCUGCACUCUUGGUUCUCGAUUGGGCCAUGAAGUUUCUGCCCAGAAUGUUUCGCGAGGCACAGACAGAGUGAUUGGUUUGGAAAACAUGGUAUCAGCUGGUACAUAA